AUGAAGCACACCAAAUUACCAGACGGCCACGGAAGUCUCUACAAAGAAGUGCGCUUCUCUCCGACCGAAAUACCCGUUCGUCGCACAAAAUCCGUUUCGGCCACUUUUCCUCCUGUCAUUUCAGGCUACGGCCGAACCACGUUUCACGAGUCGGCAUUGGUAGAUUCGUUCGCCAUGGAUACUUCUUACAUCGACCAGUCUCGAGCGCUACUCCAGAGUCAACGGGUGAAUUUCGAAACGGAGAGGGCAUUGUUUGCGCAGGAGCGACGACUGUGGGAAAAGGAGCGGGCGCUAUUGCGAUCGAAAAUUAUCGAGCUGGAGGAGACGGUCAGAAACCAAGGGAACAGAACAAAUCAAUUGGGGCCGGAAUCCGCCAAAUUCGUGCUUCAAUCAUCGCUGUAUAACUCAAAUGGCUUAAGAGCUCAGGUGUGGGAGGGGACGAGUCCAGGAAGUCAGCCAACAAGGGUGUUCGCGGCGCCCGAUUCCCCAGACCAGAGCUAUCUGCCGUCGAUCUCCGAAAGCGGGCGUAAUCCACCGUCCCUUGAUCGGGCCCUUUCUCCUCAGGCGCAACUAGUAGACCCUUCUAGAGCGCCUGUGAGUUUGCCAGUGCCGAUCGAAAAGCUUGACAGCACCCUAGAUGGUAUCACGCUCAAGUCCACGGCUUUGCCACCUGGCGUGGUAGCUCGAGUGAUGACUCCGCCCUCCCCGUCGCCCCUGGUAACAUCCCCUGGAAACGCCCCUACAGUCACUGCAAGGCCCAGUAUGGAACAUCGAAACAGUCUCAAACUGAAGCUGUCCGAGCUCGGCCCGCCCAAUGAGAAUUUGCUCCGCCAUGCAGGUCAUACCCCAAUGGCGAUCAUCGACGGAUUGGAUGAUAGUCGCAAGACCACCAACGAGUGCUCUCCCCUCGAGGUUCCUUCCCAGGCGGAAGAAGAACCUCUUGCGCCCGUGGCAACGCACGUCCAACAACCUUCUGAGAAUAAGAUCUCCUACUUUCCGGACGUGCCAGAUGACCCCGCUCUCAAGGGGCCGCUUGGUCUCAUUAAUGAUGAGGAGCACGAUACUAAUUUUCUGAAUGAACUUGACCAAAAGCUCCUUAGUCAGGCGAAGAACAUACUGGGUGGCUCGGUUGAAUCCGUUGACCCGAAUGAGACAGACCCGGAGUCUGAGUUCGCCAACCAGGACGACAGGGAGCCUGAGUUCAAGUUUAGGAAAUCGAGCAAUUUUGGUUCUGCAUUUGGAAUAUCGAAUUUGGGUCAAAUCUAA